CGAUUUGAAACGUGAACAGGCAGGUUAUACAAGGCCUGCUAGCUCUAGGGCUUUGUUUUUGGCUAAUGGUAGCAUAUCAGCAGUUAGUGCUUAGCUUUCUGAUAGGAAUAGGUCCAAAGAAAUCUAAAAACGCGUCUUAAUCUAUUAUUGUUUCUAUGAAACUCCUUGAACUCUUAAGAUGGAUUUUAAGAUUUUAAGCUUUAAGGAGAUGAGCCCCUGCCAGUGUGGUUGUUUUGAGGAAAUGACUCCAUGAUCCAUGGCCAGACUCAUCUCGUAUGGUAUAAGCUGGAUUCUCGGGUUUCUGAGCUCAACAUGUUGGGGUUUUUGAUGGUUGGUCAGACAAACUCGAACUGUUUGAACAUAUAAUUUUGGUGUUAAUGAUGGACAUUUUUCUCUAUUUUUGCUAAACACUGAAGAAUCACCGAUGGACCAGUUACAUCUGAUUUUCUACUUCAGUGCAAAUUUGUGGCUAAACUCUGUAGCACCAUAAAGUGAACAUGGGGCCUAUGGGGUGGUUGUCCAGUUGAUAGUCCAGUCUGUCACAACAAACCAAAUCAGUGGAAACUUGUCCGCCCACCUGAGGCUCCGCUCUCUGAUUGGCUGUAACAGUACAUCAACAGGGGGUUAUCGUUGUCCUGCGGCCAACAGCAUGGUGCACAUUUCUAACUGGUCUGAAAAUAGAUUGCACCCACCCGCAGUCUACUGAUAUCACCUGGCGCUGGGGCCUUUGACUGGAAGAGACUUCAGACUAGCCUCAUAUCACACACAUGUAGAGUUUCUCCCUGGAUCUGAACUGUGUGGUCUAGGGAGGUGUUAUGUUUCUGAUGAAUUUAACAGAUGGACAGAAACACUAACUGAUUUUCUCCAAUGGAAGAGACUAUAUUUAUUUGACAUCAUCAUAGAGACCUUAAAGAUUAAGUCUGCUGCUGUUCUGGAUUUUCCUUAGGAUUAACACGUGGAGCAGAGCCAGACGCUGCAGUUCUGCUGCUGCCAAAAUACACCCCCCAUCUUGGCUUUGUGCCUUUUAUACAGAAUGGUGUGACCGGACAGCACUGCCAUGAUCCCACCUGAAACAGGAAAUGUAAAAAAUGAUCUAUAUGUAAAAUCAUAUGUGUAGCUUCUCAGGGCCACCGUGCUGUACAACCUGGUAUACUGUAGGAUCCAGACAGACAGACAGACAGGCAGGCAGGCAGAUGGGGGGUACGCAGCACCCCAGUGUCUCUCUCCCUCUGUGAGUGCAGGAUGCACCACUUUGUGUCUUUUCUUUUUUUUUCCUCUUAUUCACUCGGAACUUUCCCACAUUAAACACUUGGACCAUAAAAGCACUCGCAGGUCUGCUUUCCGCCAGUGAAUCCGCGUAUCAAGCCGAGGAGGAGCUCCACCGGCCUGCGGUACUCUCUCUGACCGUCCGCGCACACCGACCGGAACCGAGCCUCCACCUGCCGCUGCUCCGCGGCGCACACCGGGCAGGAAGUGCUCCUCUCAUACCUGGGUUUUAACCGCGAACCAGGACAGUGUUACUCUGUUUUAACUGGUUUUUACCGAAAAUUACUUGGCUUUUUAAACAUUACGGAGCCGCGAAGACCGCAAGCUUCCACUGAAACAUAGUGAAGAGACAAACUGAGAGAAAGGCACUUUUCGUAAUUUUUCCCAGAAAGUAGUGUUUUAAUUACAUUUUGGGGCCACAUGUACAUUAAAAACCUCUGUGAAGAAAGCGCAUCUCACACUGUGGUCCACAAUGAGCCUGUGGACUAACGACUCCUUCGCGGACCUUUACGCCGGGACGCAGUCGCUGCUGCCGGGCUUCAACUCCUCCAACCGCAGCGACGGGUUCCAGCACCGCGGCCAGUAUGGCGCUGCCGCCCCGCUGGACCUAGGCCGGGCGGUGCCGGUGGGCAUGGUGCUGGCUUCCUUCAUCAUGUUCGCCAUCGUGGGGAACAUUCUGGUGAUCCUAUCGGUGGUUUGUAACCGGCACCUGCGGAUCCCGACCAACUACUUCAUCAUCAACCUGGCCAUCGCCGACCUGCUGCUGGGAACCACCGUGCUGCCGGUGUCCGCCACCCGGGAGGUUCUGGACUAUUGGGUGUUUGGUCGGAUCUUCUGUGAUAUCUGGGCAGCAGUGGAUGUCCUCUGCUGCACAGCGUCCAUCAUGUCCCUGUGCGUCAUCUCCAUCGACCGAUACAUCGGUGUUCGCUACCCGCUGCAGUACCAGAUGAUCGUCACUGAGAAACGGGCGUUGCUUGCCAUGCUGGCCGUCUGGAUCCUCGCCAUCGUCAUCUCCAUCGGCCCGCUGCUUGGCUGGAAGCAGCCGCCAUCACAGGACGACACCAAGUGCCAGAUCACAGAGGAGCCUUUCUACACCCUCUUCUCCUCCCUCGGCUCCUUCUACAUCCCUCUGGCCGUCAUCUUGGCCAUGUACUGCCGAGUCUACAUUGUGGCGAAGCGCACCACUAGGAACCUGGAGGCUGGCAUGAUGAAGGAGUGCCAGGAAGACUCCAACGAGCUCACCCUGAGGAUCCACUGCAGGAACCAGCAGGUUCAUGAGCUGUGCACCGGGGCCUCGGCCGGACGCAGCACGCUCUCCGUCAAAUUGCUCAAGUUCUCCAGAGAGAAGAAAGCGGCCAAGACGCUGGGCAUGGUGGUGGGCAUGUUCAUCCUCUGCUGGUUGCCCUUCUUCCUGGUUCUGCCCAUUGGCUCGUUCAACAGCCGCCUCCGUCCUCCUGAAACCUGCUUUAAAGUCAUUUUCUGGCUGGGAUACUUCAACAGCUGCCUGAACCCCAUCAUCUACCCCUGCUACAGCCGCGAGUUCAAACAGGCCUUCAUCCGGAUCCUGCGCUGCCGCUGGAAGACGAAGCGUCAGGGCUGGCAGGCAUACUACAACUACCGCUGCCACCAGGGCUCCAACUCCUCAUCCUUCCUGAACGGCAGCCAGCAGACGCUGUCCUCCAUCAGCCCCAGCCCACGCUGCGUUGCCUCCAGACUCCAACCCCCGUCCUGGCCCUCCUCGUCCUCGGGCAGACACCUCCUCCCCGGGUCGGCAGAGAGAGGUCGGCAAAGCCAGGUGUCCCCGCUUGCUAAGGAUGCUGGGAUGGGUGUGGGUGCAGGGGGAGGGGUGGUGAUGAAUGGUCAGAGUGUAAACCGAGAAGAGGAACAGCAGUGCACAGCAACACCGUCGUCUCAGCUGUGAUGGAGCAGGACUGUGGAUACUGACUGACACACCUGCGCGUAGGCAUAACUGCUGAUGUCACGGGACGCUCCGCCCAAUCAGGAGUGGUGGCCGCACCUUUUAGAAGGCUCUGACUGAGCAACGCACCUGUGGACCAGGGCGGAGCUCCUCACCUAGACCAGACAUCAGUUUGAAGACUUUUCAUCACAUGGUGGUUCCUGCAGGUCUGGAGCAUCUGCUCCUGGUGGAGCUUCGAUUUCUCCACAUCACACACACUAGACUGAAACAACAACGCGAAGUACACAACUACAGACCUGAUUCUCAACACAGCCACUUUAAGGUGAAUCUGAAACUCAAAUCACAGUCUACCUCCUCUGUGGAAGCAAUCAGAUCUAAACGAACACGAGUCAAAACAGUGAAUAGUGUUAACAUUGAUUUUUUUUAUAUUUGCUUGUCUUGAUUUCUUUUUGAAUCAUGCUAAAACUAUCCUGAAAUAAGUUCUUAACAUUUAAAUGAAUUAAAACAGGUUAAAGAAAAAAAUAAACACUCAACAGGAAGCUAAACUGAAAACCUUUCAAAGUAAAAUAUAUAGACCAAAACCUAUCCAGAGAUAAGUAUAAACUCUUAUUAACUUUGUGUUUUUACUGUCUUUCUUAGGGCCCAGUGCUCCAGAACAUUGAGCUGAAUCUCUCCUGACAUAACUACAAUAAUAUUUGUGUCAAUCUAUAAAAAUCUGACUCUCACUAAGUUCAGAAAAUUCAGAUGUGUCCAAAAUUAGUCAGCAACAAAACAGCAAAUCUAACUGUGCUUUUACCUCCUGUCAGCUGAUCCUGACAGUGAUCUUUUGUUUGUAAACCUUUUUUAUUGUGAAGUUUGAAGGACCUGUUUUACUGUCCCACUGCUCACAACAGCACUCUGAACAUGAAUGCCUUCCCUCAGUGAGAAUUACAGGAUUUGUAUUUUGAAAGUACCUCCUCAGUGAUCAUAACAGGACUCUUAUUGUGAAAGUACCUCCUCAGUGAUCAUAACAGAACUCUUAUUGUGUGAACUAGCAGGAAGUUUUCGCCUUCAUGUCAGGGCAGUUUGAUCACAGCUGCAGCAACCAGCAGGGGUCACUGGUGAUUCUAUUGUGAAAAUCUGAAGCAUCACAGAUGCUCACCUGUGACUUCCUGCAGCUGACGUAUCAUCAGGUGUGUGUGUGCCAUUUGUGAUAUGUUCAGCUGUGAUGUUGAAGGUGGGAGAGUCUGGACAGAGGCAACAGGUUUCACUAAAUGUCAAAGAGUUUGUACGUAGUAUUGCACUUGUUCAUUUGAAUUAAAAAAGUCAGUUUGCUUUGUCUGUGCUCUCGAUUGUUGCUGAAGUCUUAUGAACUCAUUAUUAAUGAUUCAGAUGAUGAAUGGAUGAAAUCUUUGCUGUGCACAGUAGUGUACCUCCUGGUUCUGGAUGUGUUAACCUGGUGAAACCACAGGACCGGGUUUGGAACAGACAAAGUGCAAAUAUCACAGUAGGAUAAUGAAGCCCCAGAGAAAACCGUUUGUGUAUUACAGCCUGUUUUCUGGAGCAUCUUUGCUUCCAGCACACACCGUUCUUAAACCGUGGCUCUUGUCAUCAAACCGGGCGUCUGUAAAUCUAUUCUUGUCUCAUACUUGCUCAGGGCAGGGACGGUGUUAGGGUGAUUUUUUUAGAGUGACUUCUGAUAAGGAACACCUGCCGAGAAAGGAACAGCAGCCAGGAAAGAAACUGCUGCCAGGAAAAGAUUAGCUGCCAAGAAAAGAACCUGUCAAGAAAAGAACCUGUCAAGAAAAGCACGCCUGUUCUCAGAAGGUGAAUUUGAUCUGAUGGGUGAUGGCGUGUCUCAUAACAAAGGGCUGACUGCAGUUACCCAGCAUGCCUGGCCUGGUGUGGAUCUGGGGUGACAUUACUUGUUUCUACCACAAAAGGCGGCUCAGCAGAAAAAUAUCUGAUGUGGUGCGAAGCAUUCAGGUGAUUUUCUACAGGAAGUCGCAGGCUCUUCACACAGUAGCACGAGGGUGCAGUGGUUAGCACUGUGGCCUCACAGCAACAAGUUUCCAGGUGGCAGCCUGCUGGUUCUCCCUGUGCCUAGGGGGAUUCCAGAGUGCACAGACCUGCAGUUAGCUUGGCUGCAGACUAACCUGAGGGGCCGUCUGUCCCUGUGGUCCAGCCCUGUGACACACCGGCCACCUGUGGACCGUGGACAGUUUUAUAAAGCAGCUCAAGAAAAUGGCUCUAUUCUGUUGUAGUUUCUAGGAUUGUGCUGCUGUUUUCCAAGAUAUAUAGUUGUGUAUUUUUACUUUUGUGAUGCAAUGUGUAGGAGGAAGAUGAU